AUGUCGAAUAUAUUAGACGAGUUCGAACAGACCAUUGGACCAGAUACAGCCAUCAAGUGGUAUACUGGCGAGCAUAUCAUCUAUCGUCUAUUUAACACAGCCUGUUAUACGCAUAAUUUUGAAUUCCUUAUUAAAUUACAAUAUUUGAUCCGUUGUAUUCAUAUACAACUGCAGCGUGAACAUUCAUUAUUUAUUCGACAUUGGUCAAACAAGCCCGUUUUUUCUAUCUAUUGUGGUCGACUAAUGACUACUAUUGAAUUUAAACGUUUCAAGAUGUAUGUAGGUAAAAUUGUAUUUAUGACAAAUUUUAUCAUGGGAAAUUUGAAUAAAACAAAGGCUAUUCAAUAUAUCAAUCGAUGUGAACCUUCCGAAAACGAAACUCGAGUACUCUUCAAAAUAAACAUUGAUACACGCGUUACAAAGACACAACCAUACGCAGACAUUACACAUUUAAGUAAUGAUGAUAAUGAGCAUGAAGUAUUGAUCAUGUUCGGAGCAAGUUUCCAUGUAAUGGACAUUAUCAUGAAUCCACAUGAUACCUUACCUAUCUAUGUACUUGAACUUUGUGCCGAGAAAUUAGAACCGGUACCACCAAAUGAAAGAGAACAAAGAUGGUAUGAAUAUGUUGAAAGUUUGAAUUGA